CUCCUCCAAGCUCACUCUUGUGCCUUUAGUUUUUCUCUCUCUCAAUCUCUCACUCCAUUUCCUUACUCUUCAAGAAAUCCCCGCCAGUAUAUAACAGCCAAAUACCAAAAUCGCGGUUUUUUUUUUCUCGGUGGUCAACGGUGGAGAUGAGCUGCAACGGUUGCCGAGUUCUUCGAAAGGGAUGCAGCGAGACUUGUAUUCUCAGGUCGUGCUUGCACUGGAUAACUACCCCUGAAGCCCAAGGCAACGCCACUUUGUUUCUCGCCAAAUUCUUCGGCCGCAGCGAUCUCAUGUCUCUCAUCUCCGCCGUACCUGAAUCUCAACGGCCAGCUUUGUUUCAAUCACUUUUGUUUGAGGCGUGCGGACGAACGGUGAAUCCCAUAAACGGAGCGGUGGGACUGUUGUGGAGUGGUAACUGGCACGUGUGCCAAGCGGCGGUGGAGACAGUUCUUUCCGGGGGAAUUCUGCGGCCAUUACCAGGAAUCCUCGCCGGUGUGUUGGCGCCGAAUUACAACGAAUCAUCCGAUAGUUUCUCUGCUGAGGCAUGUAGGUUACGAGACGUGUGGACUCAAUCAAAGCCGCACGUCAAUGUUGCAAGUGGAAAUCAAGCGUCCGAUCUUAAUCUCUCUCUCACGCCAAAGCUGGUCGCGUCGGGCAAAGCUGGGAGAAAGAAGAGAGGCAAGGAUACGAUGUCGUCGUACACAGAAGAAUCAUCGGAGACGACAACUUUCGAAAGCAGUGGCGGGGAUAGGAAGAAACUAUUGAAUCUAUUCGUUUAAAUGGAAAUUAAAAAUGAAAGAGACGGACGAAGUAUUUUGUACUAUGAGUGCUCACCUUAGCGGUGUAACCUUUUUGUUUUUCCAAUAUAAAUAUGAAGCCGGAAUUUUAGCCCGGCGAGGUUUUGGAAGCGAUGGAGCUACUUUUCCGGUGAAAAAUUUGUGUUUAUUAUUUUUAUUUAUUUAAAAUUUCUUUGAUAAUCAUAACGGUGAUGGCAAUGGAAUUGUCAACUAGCGACGGGUUUGUCCUGUCCGUACAUGUAAGAGCAGAGGCAAUAAGCUGCGAAAGGCAAACACAAGCCCAUGUAGCUCUUAAAUUGAGAGAUGUAUGGUUUGACACGUAGUUGGCUUCUUAUUUUUCCUACACCUAUAUAAGACAGAAACUGCAUGUGCUUCGA